UAGAGUGUAGACAGUAGUUUAUAGCCACUUCUCUCUCUGAGGACCCUUUCUUUCUUCCCCAUUUCUCCUCUCUUUUCCAGUGACGAAGUUCUUUGUGGAGCAAAAAUGGUUUGUUCUAUAUGUAAAACGAAUACAGUUUCAUUGUAUAACAGAUGUGGUGCAUAUGCAGAAGCGAACGACGGGACCGGAGUUCCAGUAUGUAAGACUUGUUACGGGGAAGUCGAUAACAUACUGAACUUUAUAAAUAAAGACAGAAAGAAUAAAACCAUAUCCUAUCCAGCCGAUAACAAUUGGGGGAAAAGGUGGGUCGAAGAAGUGACAAAAGAAAAAGACGGUUUUCUGAGUGAUCUAGCUGCAGCCUUUAGAGAGAAAAUCCACUCAGAUAUUAAAGUGAAGCCGGGCGGCCGUGGACGCGCUCUACCUGCGCAUAAAUUUUUGCUGGCAGCAAGAUCCGAAAUUUUCAAAACCAUGUUAGCAUCGGAUACAUGCAAAGUUGCACCAACCGGCUCAAUUUCUCUCCCUGAAUUCAGCUAUGAAGAGCUCAAGACAUUCUUGGAGUUCCUUUAUGGCGGCAGCUUGGCUAUAGAAAAAUUUAAGGAGCAUUUUUACACCUUAACAAUUGCAGCUGACAAGUAUGUAAUUCCACACUUGCAGAAGUUCUGUGAGCAACAGAUUUUGAAUAUGUUAGAUGCAUCAAAUGCACUUAAAGUUCUCCAGCUCUCUGAAGUUUGUUCCAAUGAGACUUUAAAGCGUGCUGCUCUGGAUUCAAUACUCAAGUACAAAAACGAGAUAGUUCUUUUACCUUAUUUUGAAGAAUUUGCAAGAGAGAAUCCACAUUUGAUGGUACAUAUCACAAGGGCCUCGCUGACUUGCUUCACUGGGAAGUAGAGAUGCGAAGCGAUGCGCAAAACAUGCAGUAGCUGAAGCCUUUCCGGUGGAUAGUAUUUUUGUGGGACUGGGGGAGGUAGCAAAGGUACUUUUGAUGCUGUAAAUUCACCAUUUGAAGUUAAAAGUAAACGUCUCCACUAGGACCAAGUGUGGUUUUAUGUUUAAUGUGCAAAGGCGUACCACAGCACUAAGUGGGAGAGUAUAUGUUUGCAGGGCAACAAAAUAGGCUUAAAUUUUUUUGGGCAAACUAUUGCAAAUAGCUGCUUGGGCAUGUGUAUAACGAUGAUAUCCGCCUUUGUAAAUCUUCUCUAGUGUAAUAAU